UAUCCAAUAGGAGGAAGAAGCAGCCCACGAUCCUAGACCAAAUCAAACACCCCAAUUUGACAACUACCCCGUCAACCCCAUUUUCAACUCCCACUCUUUUCUCUCCUUCUCUAUAAAAUGUUUAAGAUCAUGAUCCACUCCCAGAUUCCAUUCUUUAGAGCUGUUACUAGCACCAUUAAUCCAUUAAUCUUUCAAAAGGUUCAUACUAUAGUUCAUAGUGUCAAGAACAUUCUAAAAGCAGAGUUGUUUUUUGUUCUUACAUGGCUCAUUUGGUUUAUGAUGAAACUCCUUCCUUUGGAGGCUCACACCAUCCACUUGGUCAACAAGAUGUUCCAUUUCCAACCACUUCGAGUUCCUUAAGGAUUCUGCGCUUACAUGGCAACUUGGACAUUUGGAUCCAUGAGGCCAAAAACCUCCCCAACAUGGACAUGUUUCACAAGAAAAUAGGGGACAUGUUUUCCAUGUUACCUGGGAAGCUUGGAAGCAAAAUUGAAGGUUCUGGAACCAGUGAUCCAUAUGUCACCGUGUCUGUGGGGGGUCCUGUGGUUGCUAGAACUUUUAUCAUCAGAAACAAUGCCAACCCUGUUUGGAUGCAGCAUUUCAAUGUCCCAGUUGCACAUUUUGCUGCUGAAGUUCACUUUGUUGUGAAGGACAAUGAUUAUGUGGGCUCACAGCUUAUUGGUGCUGUGGGGAUUCCAGUGGAACAGUUAUAUAGUGGUACCAAAAUAGAGGGUCUUUUCCCUAUCCUUAAUGCUAGUGGGAAACCCUGUAAGGCUGGGGCAGUGUUGAGUUUAACCAUUCAGUACACUCCUGUUGAUAAGGUGGCCCUUUAUAGUCAUGGAGUAGGUGCUGGUCAUGAUCUUCAAGGUGUCCCUAAUACAUACUUUCCCCUUAGAAAAGGCGGCGAAGUUACUCUCUAUCAAGAUGCUCAUGUUGAUGAAGGUUGCCUUCCUAGUUUGAAGGUUGAUGGAGAUGUGAGUUAUAAGCAUAGAAGUUGUUGGCGUGACAUCUUUGAUGCAAUAAGCCAGGCACGUAGAUUAGUGUAUAUUGUGGGUUGGUCUGUGUACUACAAUGUUAGUCUCAUUCGGGAUGGUAGUGGCGAAAAUGCUCGAACUUUAGGUGACCUUCUUAAAGUCAAGUCACAGGAAGGUGUGAGAGUGCUGCUCCUUGUGUGGGAUGAUCCUACUUCUGGAAGCAUGCUUGGGUAUAAAACGGUUGGAGUUAUGGAUACUCAUGACGAGGACACUCGCCGCUUCUUCAAGCAUUCUUCAGUACGAGUGCUUCUUUGCCCACGAGCUGGUACUAAAGGACAUAGCUGGGUCAGACAACCGGAAGCUGGAACAAUCUAUACCCAUCAUCAGAAGACAGUCAUUGUUGAUGCUGAUGCAGGUCAGAAUAAAAGGAAGAUUGUAGCUUUCAUCGGAGGUCUUGACUUAUGCGCGGGCCGAUAUGAUACGCCAAAACAUUCUCUCUUUAGGACUUUGCAGACAACACACAAAGAUGACUUUCAUAAUCCUAACUUUGAGGGGCCUGUUACUGGUUGUCCAAGAGAACCAUGGCAUGAUUUGCACUCCCAAGUUGAUGGUCCGGCUGCAUAUGACAUCCUCACCAAUUUUGAGGAGCGUUGGUUAAGGGCAUUAAAAAUGCAUAAACUUCAAAAGAUAAAAAGUUCACAAGAUGAUUCAUUACUAAAAAUUGAUAGAAUCCCUGACAUUGUUGGCAUUGAUGAAUUUCCCAGCCAGAAAGAAAAUAACCCAGAGACUUGGCAUGUUCAGGUCUUCCGUUCAAUCGAUUCCAAUUCUGUGAAAGGAUUUCCUAAGGAACCAAAAGAUGCUAUAAAAAGGAACUUGGUUUCUGGAAAGAAUGUAAUGAUAGACAUGAGCAUACAUUCUGCAUAUGUGAAGGCAAUCCGAUCCGCGCAAAAGUUCAUCUAUAUUGAGAAUCAAUACUUUCUUGGCUCAUCAUAUAAUUGGGAUACUUUCAAAGACCUCGGUGCAAACAACUUAAUUCCAAUGGAAAUUGCGCUUAAAAUUGCCAACAAAAUUAAACAAAAAGAGAGAUUUUCUGUUUACGUAGUCAUUCCUAUGUGGCCUGAAGGUGUACCCACAGGUGCAUCUACUCAGAGGAUUCUCUUUUGGCAGUUCAAAACAAUGGAAAUGAUGUAUGAAACGAUUUACAAGGCCUUACAGGAGGCUGGGCUUGAUAAUGAGUACGAACCACAAGACUACUUGAAUUUCUUUUGCCUUGGUAAUCGUGAGCUCCCUGAUAAUGGAAACAUUGCAAGUGCUGCAAAUCCUACUGGACAAAAGACUCCUCAGCCCUCCAUGCCGUACUUUGUGGAAAUGGGAGUCUUGACUGCUUUCCAUAUUGACAGGCAGCACAUGUUGGAAGAUCUUCUUCUAAUUCCGGCACUCGCUCAAAAGAACCGGAGAUUCAUGAUUUAUGUUCAUUCAAAGGGAAUGGUAGUGGAUGAUGAGUAUGUGUUAAUGGGUUCUGCAAACAUAAACCAGCGAUCCAUGGAAGGCACCAGAGACACUGAGAUUGCAAUGGGAGCAUAUCAGCCUAAACAUACUUGGGCAAGCAAGCUAUCUAAACCUCGUGGCCAGGUGCAUGGUUAUAGAAUGUCAUUGUGGAGCGAACAUAUAGGUGCUGUGGAAGAAUGUUUCCAUCGACCAGAGAGCCUUGAAUGUGUAAGGCGUAUCAGGUCAUUGAGUGAGCAUAACUGGAGACAGUAUGUAGCUGAUGAAGUUACUGAAAUGAAAGGCCAUCUCUUGAAAUACCCUCUUGAAGUUGAUUCAAAGGGCAAGGUGAAAACUCUUCCUGGCUGUGAGACAUUCCCUGAUGUUGGAGGAAGCAUAAAGGGGACAUUUAUAAAAGUCAAAGAAAACCUCACCAUCUGAUUCUGAACAUUUUCAUCCAUUUUAUUUGAGUUCUCAAACUCACUGUGUGUUUGCUUGCAUUUUUUUGUGUGUGUACAGAAUCACAUACAGUGAAUAAAAGCUACUAGUUUUAGCUUUUUAUUUAUCAAGUUUAUAGUGGAUCCAUCGCCAACCAAAUUUGUACUCAGUCAAUAAUAGCGCAGUCAGCUUUUACAGCUUGUUCACAAGUUAUUUAGGAUCUUUUUUAUAUUUAAUUGGAGCAAAAAGGCUUUGAUUGUACCUUAGAUGUUAAUUUUUUUUUGCUAUUGUAUCCUACUUCUGUGAA